AUGGCGCCAGUAUCGAACCAGGUGUCCACGACCGGCGAGAGGGUCGCUACGGACCCGACCCUCCAUGCCAUUGCGAAGGUGGUGGGCCACACGCUUGCUCAAGGGUGUGUACUGCCUGGGGUAUACGGAGAGGGUUACGUUGUCUUGCCCAAGUCGUCGAAUCCGGGUCGUAUUGAGAGAAAUUUCCAGGAGAUUUAA